CAUACAAGGACAUUACUGGAUUGAAAGUAAAACGUAGUGUAAAUUAACUCGUGGUGGGGUAGUUAAAAGGAAAUAUCAGUUUCAAAUUGAACAGUACAGAUAUUGUUUUCUCCAAAGACGGUGUUAAGCCAAUUUACUUCUGUUAUCCAAAUAAGAUAUUGUAUUUUACAAUAUAUUUAUAACUUUACGAUAUAAACAUGGUGAUAAAAAAAUUCAUAUCUUUACCAACUGGACAGCAAAUGCCAAUAUUGGGAUUUGGUACCUGGCAGGCCAGUGAAGAUGAAAUAGAAACGGCAUUAGAUAUAGCUCUUGAAGCAGGCUAUAGACAUAUUGAUACUGCUACAGUAUAUUUGAAUGAAAAAGCCAUUGGUAAGGUUCUAAAAAAAUGGAUAGACUCUGGCAAAAUUCAACGAUCUGAACUUUUUAUUGUGACAAAGUUACCAACAAUUGGUAAUCGUCCAGGAGGUGUUGAAAAAUGGAUAAAGAAAUCUCUAGCAAAUUUACAACUAGAUUAUAUAGAUCUUUACUUGAUACAUGUGCCAUUUACACUUGAAGAAGUUGGAGAGGUAUUUCAUCCAAUAAAUGAGAAAGGAGAAGUUAAGUUUGAUGCUUGUACAGAUCAUGUGAAAAUUUGGAAGGAGAUGGAAGAACAAGUUAAACAAGGACGAACAAAAGCUAUAGGUCUUUCGAAUUUUAAUGAAACUCAAAUAAAUAAGAUUUUAUCGAUUGCAUCUUUACCAAUCUCUAAUUUACAAAUAGAGUUACAUGUAUACUUCCAACAACUUGAACUGGUUGAAUUUUGUAAAAGUAAUAAUAUUUGUGUGACUGCAUAUUCACCUUUGGGUUCUCGAGGAUUGGUGAAAUUAUUGGAAAAGACGGAUGUCCUUCCUGAUUUAUUAGCCAAUCCUGUUGUUAUAAAGAUCGCACAGAAACAUAAUAAGUCUCCAGCUCAAAUUUUGCUAAAACAUAUUCUUCAUAAAGACAUUGUAGCAAUUCCAAAAAGUACAAAUGCACAAAGAAUCAAAGAAAAUAUACAAUUAUUUGAUUGGCAGCUUGAAGACAAAGACAUAAAUGAAUUGAAUGCUCUAAACGUAGGAAAAUCUGCACGUAUAUGUGAUUUUAGUUUCUUUAAAGGUAUUCAAAAACAUCCUGAAUAUCCGUUUUAAAAACUUUAAACUCAUAAUCAUAUUAUUAUUUCAAUAUGAUCGUAUAAAAGCACGAUAUAUAAUAUUUAAUAUUGAGAUAUAAAUUUUAUACUAUUAUAAGUGAAUUGAAUUUGUUAAGUGUGGUUAUCAAAAAAUUAAAAUUACAAUAAAAAUAUUAAAAUAAGUUCUGAUUAUCCAUAGUAUUUUCUUUUUUUAUAUCAUUUCCACACAUUAUCACAUUUUUUAUCUAUUUUUACAAUUUAUACAAAUAGACCUGAAUUAAUAAAAUGAUGAUUCUAACGUAUUAAGUGACUAAAUAAUCAAUAUAUAUUCCUUAUAAUUCAUUUAAAUUAUACAUACCAUUAUUAAAAUAUUAUACGAUAAAAAAAGACGUACUAAUGGACAUUUAAAAUAGUAUUAAUCGAAACAUUUAUUUGUGGUUAUGUUUUAUAUUUGGUACUUUAGAUGUUUCUUGAAUUCCCGAAUGAGGUCGCUUUAUAACGAUUAAACAAUUUAUCGCAAGGCUUUUGGAAUUUUUAUGAUUCAGACCCAUUUUUAAAGACAAUCAUUUUUCGCAAUCCAUUCUUAACGAUCUCUCCUUAAUAAGUAUAAACUAUUUUCUUUUUUUAAUAUUUAACGAGAUCUACACUUCGGAAAUAUCUGCUUUAUCUUAUCGAAAUAAUAACUUAGACAUUAAAGUUAUUUCUAAUAUAGAAAUAUUUUUCAAUUUUAAAUCAAUUUACCACGCGCACAUCAGAAUACAGUGAUAUAUUUGAGUUUACAUUGAAAAAUAAGCUGCCACUCCAUUUACCAGUUCUAUUUUCUGACUUAAAUAUUAAAAGAUACAGUGAAAAAAUAAAUGUUAACAAUACCAUGUUUUUUCAUUGAAUAUAUGGCACUGGUUAAUUUUAAUUCAUUCAACCAUAAUAUUGCGAGCAAUUAAUAU